AUAUCUCUUGGAACAGUGACAAAUGUGGAGGAGGCUGUGAAAUGGCUCAGUUACACAUACAUGUUUGUUCGCAUGAGAGCCAACCCUCUUGUCUACGGAAUACCAUAUAAGGCAAUACAGGAAGACCCUACUCUGGAGGUGCACAGACAUGACUUGAUUGUGAAUGCAGCCAGGGCUCUUGACAAGGCAAAGAUGAUUAGAUUUGAGGAGAAAACUGGCUACCUUAAUCCUGUAGAUCUUGGACGCACUGCCAGUCACUUCUACAUCAAGUAUGACACAGUAGAGGUCUUCAAUGAGUUGUUCAAGUCACUAAUGACUGAGGGUGACAUCUUUACAAUGGUCUCUAAAGCUCAGGAGUUUGAUCAGAUAAAGGUGCGAGAUGAAGAAAUGACUGAACUUGAGACCCAUUUGGUCGAUGUCUGCAGUAUGCCUGUUAAAGGUGGCGUUGAAAACACAUACGGGAAAGUAAAUAUUCUUCUACAGACGUACAUUGCGAGGCAAAUGCUGGAGAGCUUUUCAUUGGUCUCUGAUCAGGCCUAUGUGGCACAGAACUCUGGUAGGAUUGUGCGUGCAUUGUUUGAGAUGGCACUCCGUAAGGGCUGGCCUGUAAUGGCAGGGAGACUACUGAACAUCAGCAAAACCAUUGAGAAGCGACUCUGGGGUUAUGAGCAUCCUCUCAAACAGUUCCCUAUUCUCACACACGAGGUUCUCAAUAAGAUUGAAGCCAAAAAUUUAACACUUGAUAAACUGAGAGAAAUGGAACCUAAAGAAAUAGGUCACAUGAUUCACCAUGUACGAAUGGGUGGGAAAGUAAAGCAGUGUGUAAGUCAAAUCCCAAACAUCGAACUUGAUGCCACAAUCCAGCCAAUCACAAGGACUGUUCUCAGAGUGAGGCUAACAAUAUCACCCCAGUUCACGUGGAAUGAUCGGGUUCAUGGUUCAGGGUCGGAGCCUUUCUGGGUAUGGGUUGAGGAUCCAGAAAAUAACCACAUCUACCACUCUGAGUACUUCAUGAUGCAGAAGAAAAUGGUGAUGAGCAAAGAAGAUCAGAAUCUUGUGUUUACAAUACCAAUAUUUGAGCCUCUUCCCAGCCAAUACUAUGUUAGAGCAAUAUCUGAUAGGUGGCUAGGCUCAGAGACCAGUUGUGCGAUAUCUUUCCAACAUCUAAUCUUGCCAGAGAGACACCCUCCUCAUACAGAACUGCUUGAUCUUCAACCCCUCCCUGUGACAGCUUUCAAUAACCCGAACCUGGAGACACUGUACAAGUUCAGUCACUUUAACCCUGUCCAGACGCAGAUUUUCCACACUCUUUACCACACAGACUGUAAUGUCCUCCUAGGGGCACCCACAGGCUCUGGGAAAACAGUCGCUGCAGAGAUGGCCAUAUUUAGGGUCUUCAGGGAAAAACCAGGGGCUAAGUGUGUAUAUAUAGCUCCACUGAAGGCGCUAGUGCGAGAAAGAAUGGAAGACUGGAAAAUCAGAAUUGAGCAAAAACUUGGCAAAAAGGUCGUCGAACUGACUGGUGACGUCACUCCAGAUAUGCGAGCUGUUGGAUCAGCUGACCUCAUCGUCACAACCCCUGAGAAAUGGGAUGGAAUCAGUCGUAGUUGGCAGACUCGUGGCUAUGUGAAAGCUGUUGCGCUGAUUGUUAUUGAUGAGAUCCAUUUGUUGGGGGCUGACAGGGGGCCAGUCCUGGAAGUGAUUGUGUCUCGUACAAACUUUAUUUCCUCUCACACUGAUCAGCCAGUCAGAGUUGUGGGUUUGUCAACUGCAUUGGCAAAUGCACGUGAUCUGGCAGAUUGGCUUGGAAUCAAACAGAUGGGGCUGUUUAACUUCCGUCCAUCUGUUCGCCCUGUUCCACUGGAAGUGCACAUUCAUGGAUUCCCAGGCAAGCACUACUGUCCAAGAAUGGCGACAAUGAAUAAACCAACAUUCCAGGCCAUCCGGCUCCACUCACCCGACAAACCCGUCAUGGUGUUUGUAUCUAGUAGACGUCAAACGCGACUCACCGGACUAGACUUGAUAGCGUACCUUGUGGCGGAUGAAAACCCGAAACAAUGGUUACACAUGGAAGAAAUGGCGAUGGAGAAUAUCAUAGUUGGAAUCAAAGAUAGUAAUCUCCAGAUAACGUUGGCAUUUGGGAUUGGAAUCCAUCACGCUGGGUUACACGAACGGGAUCGGAAAACUGUUGAAGAAUUGUUCGUCAAUCAGAAGAUCCAGGUUUUGAUUGCCACCAGUACCCUAGCUUGGGGAGUCAACUUUCCCGCUCAUCUUGUUGUUGUCAAGGGAACUGAAUAUUUUGAUGGUAAAACACGCCGUUAUGUUGAUUUUCCGAUCACUGAUGUGCUCCAAAUGAUGGGUCGGGCAGGGCGCCCUCAGUUCGACGAUCAAGGUGUAGCUGUGAUCCUUGUACAUGACGUAAAGAAACAUUUCUACAAGAAGUUUCUGUACGAACCUUUCCCAGUUGAAUCAAGUUUGUUGGAAGUGUUACCUGAUCAUUUGAAUGCUGAGAUUGUCGCAGGCACAAUAGCCUCAAAGCAAGAUGCAAUGGACUACAUAACAUGGACGUAUUUCUUCAGACGGCUCGUCAUGAACCCAAGCUUCUAUGAACUGGACAACACAGAUCACGACAGCAUUAACAAAUUUCUAUCACAACUCGUUGAGAAAGCUCUCUACGACUUACAACUGUCAUCCUGUAUUCAAAUCUCGGAUGACAACAAUGGAAUAGAGGCUAUGGUUCUGGGAAGAAUCUCCUCAUAUUACUACAUAAAUCAUACAACCGUUCGAAUGUUCCAGGACCGCUUCAAAGCAGAGUCAUCAAUACCAGAACUUCUCGAGAUACUCUCUGAUUCUUAUGAAUACUCUGAACUCCCCGUGAGGCAUAAUGAAGACCAGUUGAACAGUGAGUUGGCCAAGAAAGUUCCGUUGGAGGUCAACACACAUUCUCUUGACAGCUCAAAUACGAAGACGUUUAUUCUACUUCAGGCUCACUUUUCACAGCAGUCCCUACCAUCAACGGACUACCUCACUGAUACGAAAUCAGUGCUAGACCAGGCUAUUAGGUUGCUCCAAGCAAUGUUAGAUGUCUUAGCAGAUCAAGGCUGGCUUGUGUCAGUGUUGAGAACCAUACAUCUUAUACAGAUGGUGGUACAAGGAAGAUGGUUGGAGGAUUCUAGUCUGCUGACAUUGCCACAUAUCCAACCUUUCCACGUUGAUGCCCUGAUGUCUUCUAAGAGAGGAGGGGGCAUCGAAUGUAUUCCAGAACUGAUGGCCGUGUGUAGAGGGGGUAUUUCAUCAUUAACAGCAGUCAUAGGGGAAUAUUUCAACAGGACACAGAUUGAUCAGAUUCUCCAGGUUGUGCUUCAAUUUCCAGAGAUUGAUGUCCAGCUAUCAAUCAGGGGCUGGUGGGAGGGGGGAACAGUCCAGCAAACGAAACAAGUGAACACGAAUAUCACAGGGGGCCGUCCCUUACCCGAAUCUUGGAUUACUGUGCAUGCUGAUCAAGCGUAUGUUUUGAAUAUAAAACUCCACCGACAGAACAGACGGAAAAAAGACAGUAAAGCAUAUGCCCCACGCUUCCCUAAGGCCAAAGAUGAGGGCUGGAUCAUUGUUUUAGGUGAAAUUGAAACAAAGGAAGUGAUAGCAAUAAAACGUGUAGGAUAUGUACGUGGCCAUAAUAACAUACAGCUCUCAUUCUACAGCCCAGAAACUCUAGGACGUGUCAUUUACACAGUGUAUGUAUUAAGUGAUUCGUACCUAGGCUUGGACCAGCAAUACGAUGUAUGUUUAGAUGUUACUGCUCCAAGUAUUGAGGCCCAAGUCAAUUCAGAACUCAAAGAUGAACUAGAUGGUUUGGAUUUUGGUGAUUAAGCAACUUAGAACAGUGUAGCAAUUUGCUGAAGGCUACAAUUGGAACAGGCUUGCAUCAAGCCCCUUUAUUCACUCUAUUCUUCAACUCGACACAAGGUAGAUGAAACAGGGUACUACAUGUUCAU